CCGCUGGACACUAACCCUUUCCACGCCUUCCUCAUCCCAUCAAAGCGGUCUCCUCGCUCCUUCAGUCCAGACACACACGGCCAGCUGACACGGAUUUUCCAUGGCGACAGCCUCUCUGUGUAUACACUUCACCCUUCUUCUUCUACUCUUGCCUCAUAUCCCAACGGCAACACUCGUCCCUCAGGAUGACCUUGUAAUCAAUACAAAGCAUGGGAAAGUUCAAGGGAAGUCGCUGUCAGUGCUUGGUGGUGAGGUUAGAGCAUUUCUUGGAAUUCCUUAUGGAAAACCACCUCUGGGUGAACUGAGAUUCAGACCUCCUCAGCCUGUGGAAAGAUGGGACGGGCUAAAGGAUUCUACCAAUUUACCAAAAUCCUGUUACCAGGUUCCUGAUACAGCAUAUAAAGCAUUCAGAGGUUCAGAGAUGUGGAACCCAAACACUGAGCUGAGUGAGGACUGUCUGUACUUAAACGUGUGGGCUCCACGGUUAAACAAAACCCAGAAUAAUAACUCAGGGCUGGCUCCCGUCCUCGUCUGGAUCUAUGGAGGCGGGUUCAAUGGAGGAACAUCCUCUCUGGACAUAUAUGAUGGCCGCUUUCUUAGCAAAUCUGAAGGUGUGGUCGUGGUAUCAAUGAAUUACAGACUUGGAGCUUGGGGUUUCCUGUCUCUCCCUGACAACAAGAACAUCCGAGGAAAUGCGGGCUUGCUGGACCAGCGAUUGGCCCUCCGGUGGGUAGUCGAUAACAUCGCUGCAUUUGGAGGUGAUCCGUCAAAGGUGACUCUGUUUGGAGAGAGCGCUGGGUCAGCGUCAGUGGGCUUUCAGCUGCUCUCACCAGGCAGCCAAGGUCUAUUUCAGCGAGGUGUGAUGCAGAGUGGCUCUCCUAAUGCCCCCUGGGCCACAAUCAGCCAGGAUGAGGCCUGGCAACGGUCUUUGAAGCUAGCUGCCUUGCUUGGGUGUCCCACAUCUAAUGGAGCUCAACUGGAAGCGUGUCUGCAGAAGGUUGAUGCUUGGAAAUUGACAUCAAAGACAUAUGAUGUUUUCACUAAGCCAUCACUUAUAGCUUUACCCUUUGUCCCUGUUGUGGAUGGGGACUUUCUACCGGAUACAGUUGAAGCGUUGCUGAGUUCUGGGAACCUCCGUAAGCAGGAGUUGUUGUUUGGCCUAAACAAGGAUGAGGGGACCUACUUCCUUAUGUAUGGCGUGCCUGGUUUUAGCCUCACAGGCGAGAGUCUUAUUACCAGAAAGGAUUUCCUGAAUGCAGUUGGCCUUGCGAUGUCAGAUUCAAGUGCUGUUGCAAGAGAAGCUGCAAUUUCCGAGUACACAGAUUGGAGUGAUGAGAAUAACAAAAUUAAAAAUCGGGACUUGCUGGGUAGUCUGGUUGGAGACCAAAUGUUCUGUUCUCACCUGGAGUUCGCUGAAAGGUACUCAAAGCGUGGCGGGAAGAGUUUCCUUUAUUCAUUCGACCACCGUUCGUCUGUCAAUCCCUGGCCAGAAUGGAUGGGUGUUAUGCACGGCUAUGAGAUAGAAUUUGUCUUUGGAAUGCCUUUGAAUGUGUCCCUGGGAUACACAAAGAACGAGGUGAACAUGACCAAGAAGUUCAUGAAACACUGGGCCAACUUUGCAAGGACAGGGAAUCCCGGCAUUGAUGGAGCUGUGUGGCCCAUGUUCAGCCAUGAACAGCAACAAUAUGUCACUCUGAACUACAACCACCCGGAACAAAAGAGGAUGAUGAGGGCUAAAGAGUGUCACCUUUGGAACAAACUGAUGCCAAGUAUACAGAAAGUCUCAGAUGAUCUGUCAACCUGUGUCACAGCAAACGGGAUUAUGCUCUGCUGUAACAACAUUUUCCUCAUUAUUCUAUUGGCUAUGACUUUAAUCUGUCUUUAGACUGAAGAUACCUGCAUGGACUCAUACGCUGCCAUAGACAUUAUAACAGUUUACAUCACAAAGCAGUAGACAGAAAGAAUGUUCAAUAACCCUUUAUU